GAUGCUUUGACGAUCGGUGAAAAGUUUCGGUAGAAAUGUCGAGAGAAAAUUCAAAAUAACGCAACACCAUCGGAUCGCGCUGUGACGAAGGAGCGAACAAACAAAAGACAAAGAAAGUUUUGCAGAGAGUUUGACGCAGAUUUUUCGAUCCGAGAACAACCGCUGCAGAAUUAUAUUUGCAAGCGAGUUCACAUCAUCGACUCGAGAAAAAGAUUUUUGUUAAAAGGCAUAUAAACGUGCGGAUCUAUUGGACGUCCCAUGAUAACGCAGACAAAGGACCUCGUGAAGGAUCCCAUCGGCGAUAUGUCUACUUACGAAAGGCCGAGCGACGUGCAUCAUCUGUCGACAAUAACAAGGAUCGUAGGGGUGUGCACUGCAAUUAUUGUGUGCGGCGUCGGCGCGGAUGUGGCGUACCAUCGACACGUCAUGGGGCUUUACGUUACGGCGGCGUCGGGUGUAAUCUUCUUCCUUGAGGUGACUUGGGCCAUCACGCUAUUCGUGCAGCUCUGCGUCAGAAACGAGGAUUCUCUUUGUUCGCGUUGCUGGUUUAGCGUCCUAGCGGCUACGCGGGGCUGGCGAAGAGCGUUGUUUUAUCUACCGUUGUCCUGCAUCUUAGCGUGGCGACCCAAUAAACUUUGGCUAUCCUACGUUGCGGCCGGCCUGUUGGCGGUACUGUCCUUACUGCAUAUUGCAUCGAGCGCGCUAGAACGACGAGAUCCUUGCCAAUCGAACAUUGGUACCGACUCGGUAGGUGAGAGCCUCUUGAACUCCAGACAGGAGAAUUACGAUCGUUUCGAGGAAGUUCUGGUGACGGAGGUUCUCGAUGACGGCGUGUCAGGACCAGGACGCUGUCCCGGGGACAGCGACGGCGAGAUAUGACACGAACGACGGUCCUCUUGGGCUAGUGAAUCCGAUGAGGAUAGCGAGCUUGAACAGAGGACGUGUCAAAUCGCCACACUGUCUUAGUCCUUGAUGGAUUUCGACUUGAUAUCGUCAUGUAUCAAGAGAGGUCAAUUGAGCACCCGAUUCAGCUUGCGGCAAGAACGAACGCGAGAAGUGCGCGAGGUCGAAAUAAUGCCUUCUAAAAUUGUAAUUGAGGGAGGAGAUUUCAAAGAAAUCAUCAUGGAAGAUUCAGACAAGAUGAGAGAGAGAGAGAGAGAGAGAGAGAGAGUUUUAAUUUAUUGAUUUACAAAUCUGCGAAAGAAAAAAAUACGAUACGAGGUAUCGCAUCGCUUUGCGUGAAAGAAUGAAUGUGAAGGAGUGAAUAUUUUUCUUAGAUAGACACUUG